CAGUAUAAAACGGAGAGCAUCAUUUUAUGCAGUGAAGAAUCGAAAAGAAUUCUUGGAUUCAAUCGAAUCUAAUUCGAUGAAAAAUUCUCUUUUAAUUCUUGGAUUUUUUCAUCCAUACUGUAAUGCAGGCGGUGGUGGAGAACGUGUUCUUUGGACUGCAAUCCAUGCUAUUCAAAAAAAUUAUUCGCAUGUAAUGUGUGUUGUGUAUACCGGCGAUACAGAUGUAACUAGAGAAGAAAUUUUGGAAAAAGUUAAGACGCGAUUCAGUAUCGAACUUAAUCCUGACACCAUAGCCUUUGUAUUCCUAAAUAAUCGUAAAUGGGUAGAGGAUAGUCGAUACCCAAGAUUUACUAUAUUGGGUCAGAGCUUUGGUUCCAUAAUUCUUGGAUUCGAAGCUUUGAAGAAAUUAACGCCAGACAUUUAUUUUGCUAAAAAGAUCUUUGGAUGCAAAGUUGCCGCUUACGUACAUUAUCCAACUAUAAGUUCAGACAUGCUUAGCAAAGUACAGGAACGACGUCCAGGAUUCAAUAAUGAUAAUUUAAUUUCUCAAAGUCGUGUGUUUAGUAUUGGAAAAAUAUGGUACUAUCGAAUUUUUGCAUACCUUUACUCACUUGCAGGGUCAUUCGCUGAAAUAGCAAUGGUCAACUCAAGUUGGACUAAGGGUCAUAUUGAUCAACUUUGGUGUGUGAAUAGUAAGAUAGUUUAUCCACCAUGUGACACUGCAGCUCUAUCGAAACUUCCUUUAGAUGGAAGACAUAGAAUUAUUGUUAGUGUUGCUCAGUUUAGGCCAGAAAAAGAUCAUCUGCUUCAACUUAAAUCAUUACACCGAUUGCUAUUGGAUCAUCCUAAUUUCCGGAAAGGUAGAGACAAGGUUGAACUUGUGCUAAUAGGAAGUUCCCGUAACGCAAGUGAUGAUGCUAGGAUUGCUAAAUUGAAAGAAAAAUGCAAAGAGCUGGAUAUUGUGGAUAAUGUGAAAUUUGAAAUAAACGCAAGUUUUCAAGUUCUUGUAGAUUGGCUCUCAAAAGCUAAAGUUGGAAUACACACUAUGUGGAAUGAACAUUUUGGAAUUGGCGUGGUUGAGUAUAUGGCUGCUGGAAUAAUUACUGUUGCUCACAAUUCUGGUGGUCCUAAGAUGGACAUUGUCAUUUCAUAUAAUGGUCAAAGAACAGGUAAUAGUAUUGUUUAUUUUCAUUCUCAAGAAUUUAAAUUUAUAAGAUCUUAUUUUACAUUAGGAUUUCUCGCAAAUGAUCCUGAAACAUUUGCAACCGAAUUAUUUAAUGUAUUUUCUUUGCCAGAUGAUGAAUUUAAAAGUAUACAAAUUAAUGCCAAAGAACAUGCAAUUAUACAUUUUUCUGAACAUGUGUUCCAGGACGCGAUUUUGAAAUUAUUUGAACCAAUACUUAGAUUAAAUAAGUAA